AUGCCCACCAAAUCGCCAUUCCCGGAUAUUGAGAUCCCAGAUACAGAUCUCUGGGGCCUGAUCUUCGACCGCAAGGACCAGGAUUUCGCAGACGACAAGGUCCUGUACCGCGCCGUCGGCUCAGACCGCAAGUACACUUUCGCCGAUGUCAAGGCCCACGCGACAGCUUUCGGAGAGGGCCUCUGCAACCUCUGGGACUGGCAAAGAAACGAAGUGCUCGCCUUGUACACGCCAAACGACAUCGACGUCCCGCCAAUCAUCUACGGGACUUUUUUUGCGGGCGGAAUCGUGACGCCAGCGAACCCAGGCUACUCGGCUGACGAACUCGCAUACCAACUGCAAAACAGCGAGGCCAGGGCGCUCGUCACGACCAAAGCGUUCCUCUCGACCGCGCUGGAAGCGGCGCGCAAAGUCGGUAUCCCAGAGGACCGCGUCAUCCUCCUCGGCGCGGAGCGCGACGCCUCGCACCGCGUCAAGCACUGGAGCAAUAUCCGCAAGACCUCGGGCGCGCUGCGGUACCGCCGCAGGAAAGCAAAGCCAGAGCAUCUCGCCUUCCUCGCGUACUCGAGCGGCACCACGGGGCUGCCCAAGGGCGUGAUGCUCACGCACCGCAACAUCGUGGCUAAUCUUAUGCAGAUCAAGGGCAGUGUCGGCCGCUGGUAUACCUCCGUGGAUGACAAAUUCCUCGGUGUACUGCCGUUCUUUCACAUCUACGGGCUCACAGGGCUGGUGCAUCAGAUGCUGCACCGGGGCAUUGAGCUGGUCGUCAUGCCGGCGUUUGAUAUGGAGACGUUCCUGCGAACGAUCCAAGAGCACCGCAUCACGUUCAUAUACGUUGCGCCGCCGGUGAUUGUGCGGUUGGCACGAGACAAGAUGGUGGACAAGUACGACCUCUCGUCCGUGAAGAUGAUCACGAGCGGCGCCGCGCCGUUGACAAAGGAACUCGUCGAUGCCGUGCACAAGAGACUCGGCAUCAAGAUUAAUCAGGCGUAUGGCCUGAGUGAGACGAGCCCAAUGACACAUACACAGCCCUGGGACGAAUGGUACACCUCCGUAGGCAGCGUGGGCAAGAUGUUCCCCAGCAUGCUUGCAAAAUACAUAUCCAGCAGCGGCGCCGAGCUGGGGCCCGGCGAAGUCGGCGAACUAUGGCUCUCAGGUCCCAACGUAUUCAAGGGGUACUGGAAGAACGACGCCGCGACCUCCGCCUCCAUCACGCACGAUGGCUUCUUCAAGACGGGCGACAUCGGCUUCCAGGACGAGCAGCACAACUUCUACAUCACCGAUCGCGUCAAGGAACUCAUCAAGUACAAGGGCUUUCAGGUCGCGCCCGCCGAGCUCGAGGGCAAGCUGAUGGAUAGCGAGGGCGUCGAGGACGUCGCGGUGAUCGGUGUGCAGGACGAGCAUAUGCACACCGAGGUGCCACGGGCGUACGUUGUUGCUGCGAAGGGCUUGGGUUCGACAGAGCCCGGCGAGAACGAGGCGAAAGCGAUUGUGGACUGGAUCGGGGGCAAGGUUGCGAAUCACAAGAGGCUGAGAGGUGGGAUUGUGUUUGUGGCUGAGGUGCCGAAGAGUGCCAGCGGGAAGAUUUUGAGACGGUUGUUGAAGGAGAGGGCGAAGGACGAUGUGCCACUUGGCAUUGAGAGUCGAGCUAAGCUGUGA